AUGGUACCAUAUAGAUUUGAAAAUACUUUGGAAAAAAGAGAGACAAAGGUUGAAAAGAUAAGGAAUCAAGAAGAAAUGCGUCCCAUAAGAGGCAUUGGAUUGACUUGCCAGCUGUUAUGUUGCCGAUUUGCGAUAGUUUUGAUAGAUCGCAAUCGGCCAGGAAUGUAUUUGGAUUCACCUCUCGGUGGUUUAUCAGAGGAGAAGGGUUGGAGUCGGUCUGGGAAAUAUUGCGAUGAACAUUUACCACUCAGUUCUGAUCUGUAUGCUCAUUACUUUCAAGUUGUCACCAACACUUACGUAUCAUAUUUGACCAGUAUAGGGGUGUUUAAGAAGGUAAAUAUUAAGUAUUGUAAAAACAGAAGGUUGAAAAGUAGUAGAAAAAAAGAAAUAGAAGUAGUAGUAUCAAGUAGAGGUUUGGCGCUUACGGAAUCUGAAUGGAUAGUAGCGGCUGUAUUUGCUAAAGGAUGA